AAUAAUGUCGGACCAAUCUCCAAAACAAACAAUGUCCCAACCAUCUAUAGAAAAAACAAUGUCAGAACAAUCUCCAAAACAAUCAAAGUCGGAGCAAGCUGAUCAAACCGUGAGAAACAAAAUAACGGAAGUACUCCUUCCCAAGGAUAAUGCUUCAAGUCCGGCAUCUGCGUUGGCAACAGAAGAGGAUAUAGUGCAUGAUUUGAUGGACGAGGGUGUGUCAACAAUUGUUCUGACUGGAGAAGCUGGAGUAGGAAAAACUUGGAUGGCGAGCGAGAUCAGCAAACGGGCAAUGCAGGUGGGCAUAUGUUUUGGGACUAUUUGGGUGUUUCCGAAUCCAGAGGAUCUCAGCUUUCCGAUUACAGGGGAUCUCAAGCCUCAUAUCUUGAGCAUUGCCCACCAGUUAUCUGUACUUUCUACUGUUGAGGAGUGGGAAGAUCAUAGUACCGUCAUUGAUGAAAAUAUUACUGUCAAUGAUGAAAAGAAGGCAACGGAUGAGACUGGGAAGUCGGGAGAUGACACUACUUUCGAAGAUGACGAAAAGGAGGCAUCGGAAGAUAGCCUGAAGAAGAAGAUGUCUGAUAAGCUUGAGAAGAUGAGAUCUGAUAAGCUUGAGAAACUGAGAUUUGAUUUGAUUCAGGAAGUGAAAAAUGAUAUGACUGAUGUGCUUGAGAAAAUGAGAUCUGAUGAGCUUGAGAAAAAGAAACUUUUAUCUGCUGAGCUUGAUAAAAUUGGACUUGAUGAGCUUGAGAAAAUGAUGGUUGACAUGGUUAGGAUAAAUGAACUUUUAUCUGCUGAGCAGCCUGGGAAGAUGAUAUCUGGGAUUGAGAAAACGAGAUAUGAGAAUAUGAUAUCUGAGUUUGAGAAAAUUAUAUCUGAGAAAAAUGAACGUUUAUCUGCUCUGCUUGGGAAAAUAUCAGAGAAAGAGAAAAUGAAAUCUGAAGUAUCAGAGAAAGUGAAAUCUGAAAUACCAGAGAAAGGGAAAGAGAAAACGAAAUCUGAAGUAUCAGAGAAAGAGAAAGAGAAAGUGCAAGAGAUGAACUACUUCAAAUACAUUCAGCUGCUUCCUCAAAGUGAUAGAGUUGUGUUUAAGUUUUUAAUCACUACAAGAAGAAAAGUGACUGAGCCUGAGACUGGGAGCAACAAGAAAGUGUUUAAGAUUGAACGCUUGUCUGAUGAUGAUUCUUCGUCUCUAUUGGGGAAGAAAGUCAAGGAAAAGGAUCAAGGCCAUCCAGAUUUUGAAACAUUGUAUAAAGAAAUUGCUAAAAAGAGCAAGGGUGCUCUGCCAGCAGAUAUUAAAACGUUGUAUGAAGAAAUUGCUAAAAAGAGCGAGGGUCUGCCAGCUAUAAUCCUUAUGGUAGCAGCAGCCUUAACUCAUAUUGAAGAACAUGAUUUCGAUUCGAGAGUUUGGUUGUUGAAAGGUGCUCUGGAUGAACCAGAAUCCACGCUACUGGGCUAUGUGUAUGACAUGUUGGCUUGCACUGAUAUGGCUUUGAUGAAUUGUUGUUGGCAAAGUAGGCAAUUAUUUCAUAAAUUUGGAGGCAUCAAUUAUGAGGAGUUGAUAGCUUGCUGGAUACUCGAAGGAUAUAUUGAUGUUAAUGAUCAGUUUGACAAGGCAUAUGAAGAGGGACAUUGUGUUUUGAUGAAGCUUAUAGAUCGUGGCAUACUGAAAUUACGCGUAGAUGGUCUUGUUACCAUGGAAGGACUAGCACUUACUGUUCCUGAUGAGCAUUGCCAUGGUUGCCGGACGUCAAGCUUGGGAUUGGCUACUGUUCCUGAUGAUCAUUGCCAUGGUCGUGAGAUAUCAAGACUGGGGUUGGCUAGUAUUCUUGAGUAUGGAAAGGAGCUAGGCAUUGGGCGAGUUGCACCAGGGGAAGGCAUGAUAAAAACACCAUACGGUCCUAAAAGUUGGAACAAAGUUUCCACACUCUUGAUAGAUGGAAGUCGUUUCUCCGGGGAAGUCCUUGACACAAUGUUUCUUCAGCCCAUGAAGAAUCUCCAAGUUCUUGCCAUUUUCAAUCCCAGAUUCAGGUCACUACCCUCGUUUUUGUUUGAAAAUACUGACCUUCGCUUGCUUGUGCUCAGGGGCUGUGAUCAAUUGGAUAACAUUGAUCAAAUCAAAAACCAUGAAGAUUUAAUCGUUCUGGAAAUAUCUGGUGCUAGCUCCUUGCAGAAAAUUCCAGAUGAUUUUUUCCUGAAGAUGAAACAACUUGAAAGCCUCAAUCUCUCUGCAGUCCCGUUUCAAUCACUGCCUUCUUCACUUUCCAAGCUAACUAAACUACGUCGUCUCAUCCUUCAAAAGUGUUCUGAAUUGAAAACACUACCAUACCUAAAAGAAAUACCACCAAACCAAAAACUUAAGGAAAUACCACCAAACCAAAGACUUGCCAACCUUGAGGUCCUUGACCUUUCUGGUUCUACUUCUUUGAAAAAAAUUACAGACAAAUGCUUAAAUCUUGAGAAACUUCAAAUGCUUGACCUUUCCCAAACCCAAAUUAACCAUUUGCCCAUUCUGAAAGAACUUAAAACACUCACUCGGCUCAUAUUAAAAAACUGCAAAUCCAUAACCAGAUUGUCCAAAUUUGAUUCGUUAGCUUCUCUCCAUAAUCUGGGUCUUUCUGGUUCUACUACACUGAAGCAAAUCCAUCAUGAUGAUUCCUUUAAAAACAAAGGUGGCCUCAAAGUCCUUGAUUUAUCUGAAUCUGGAAUUGAUAGUUUACCUUCCAGUUUUACAAACCUUUCUACUCUUGAGUCGUUUGAUCUUUCUGGUGUCUCUAAUUUGGUCAAAAUCCGAGAAAAUAUCUUUGCAGGGAUGACAUGUCUUCGUAGUCUCAACCUCUCAAACACUAAAAUUGAAGAACUGCCACCAUCCAUUUCCAAUCUUAAGAACCUUCGUCAGCUCCUUCUAAGUAAUUGCACAUUGAAAACAUUGCCGAAAACGGGAGGGCUUACUAGACUUGAGAAACUUGAUCUUUCUAAUGCCUCUAGUCUGGAUAAAUUCGAAGACGGAUCCUUUGACCAUUUGACUAACCUCCGCUAUCUCAACUUCUCAAACACCCAAAUUACAAGUCUACCAUCUAUAGCCAAACUCGUGAAGCUUCGCCAACUUUUGCUACAAAAUUGUGUACACUUGUCUGAGUUGCCGUCCUUGGAUGCCCUUGAACAACUGGAGGAGCUUGAUCUAUCAGUAAAAGAAACAGAAAAUAAAUCCUCUCAAUCUUCUCAAGAACCUUUGGCAGAGCCUUUGAAAGAAAAUGAGGCUAAAUCACCAGUGAAAGAAACAGAAAAGAAACCUUCCGAGUCUUCUGGAGAACCUUCGGCACCAGUAAAAGCAACAGAAAAGAAGCCCUCUGAGUCUUCUGGAGAACCUUCGGCAGAGCAUUUGAAAGAAACUGAAGCUGCUAAAUCACCAGUAAAAGAAACAGAAAAGAAAUCCUCUGAGUCCUCUAGAGAACCUUCAAAAGAAACUGAAGCUAAAUUAUCAGUAGAAGAAACAGAAAAGAAAUCCUCUGGGUCUUCUGGAGAACCUUUGGCAGAGCCUUUGAAAGAAGUUGAAGCAAGAUUCUUAGAGAAGAUGGUCCACCUUAGGCUGCUCAACCUAUCAGGAACAAAACUUAAGAUUAAGAUACCUCUAAUGUCCAACCUCACCAGCCUCACCAACCUUACCGAGCUUUGCCUAGGAGGUUGUAAACUUUCAGAUACUGUUCCAAGUUUGGAAAUGUAUACAAAGCUAAAUGUUUUGGAUCUUUCAAAGACAGAAAUUCAAUCUUUACCAUCACUUGAGAAUCUCACCAAUCUCCGUGGUCUAAAGUUAAGAGGUUGUAAAAAAUUACAGCAACUACCAGAUCUGAAGUCAUUUAAAGAUUUGGAGUCUCUUGAUUUACAAGAGACUGGGGUCAAAGAAUUUCCCUAUUGGAUCUCAGAGUUGACUCAUUUGAAGCACCUUGAUUUACCAGACUUAAAUGAUCUUAAAACACUUGAUUGGGAGAGGAUAAAGAACUUACCAGAGGAGCUAAACUGGGAUCAUUGUGGCAUCUUCAAGUUCAAUGAAGAGAGGCCUUGCAUGUCAUUGAGUGGAAGGGAAAGAUUCUAG